UUGAGCAGCGCCCGCCCCAUCAUGGCUGAGGCCGCCAUGGCCGCGCGGGUGCCCCCGGACGAGGACGGAGAUGAGUGUCUGCCCCAGUACCGGCACCUGCUCAGCCCCGACCUGCUCGCGGGCCAGGUGGCUUUCAUCACCGGCGGCGGCUCCGGCAUCGGUUUCCGCAUCGCCGAGAUCUUCAUGAGGCACGGCUGCCGGACCGUCAUUGCCAGCAGGAACCUGCAGCGAGUGUCCGAGGCUUCGAAAAAGCUUGUGGCAGCCACAGGGCAGCAGUGCCUGCCCCUGUCCAUGGAUGUCCGGCAGCCCCAGACCAUCAUGGCUGCGGUGGACGAGGCACUGAAGGAGUUCAAGAGGAUUGACAUCCUCAUUAAUGGUGCUGCAGGGAACUUCCUGUGCCCAGCCAGUGCCCUGUCCUUCAACGCCUUCAAGACAGUGAUAGACAUCGACACCAUGGGCACCUUCAACACCUCCAAAGUCCUCUUUGAGAAAUAUUUCCGGGACCACGGCGGGGUCAUCGUUAACAUCACGGCGACCCUGAGCUACCGAGGGCAGGCCCUGCAGGUGCACGCUGGGGCUGCCAAGGCUGCCAUAGAUGCCAUGACCCGUCACCUUGCAGUGGAGUGGGGACCCAACAACAUCCGUGUGAACAGCCUGGCCCCUGGCCCCAUCACAGGCACCGAGGGCUUCCGACGCCUGGGUGGGAAAUUUGCUGAGAAAUCCGACCAGUUCUCCAUGAUCCCGCUGCAGCGCGCGGGGAACAAGACAGAAAUCGCACACAGCACCCUGUACCUGGCCAGCCCCCUCUCAUCCUAUGUCACCGGCACCACCCUGGUCGUGGAUGGUGGGAGCUGGCUCACCUCCCCCAACAGCUUCUCUGCCUUGCUGGAUGUCUGGGCUGCAGGAGCAAACCAACCCCACUGAUGGACAGCCUGGGACUGACCGAUGGACAGAUG